CUUACCACCCGCCCCUCACCCGCCUUUGCACUUUGCACUCUAUUCGAGAAACGCGGGUUGAAAGGUUAUCUAAGUUUGCACGACAAUGACGCCCAGGACGAGGCAGAUGAUCAUGACGACGCUGAUAAUAACAACCACCACCGAACAAACUCGGGAGAAUCAUCCUCGUCGUAUUUCGACGCGCAGGAAGAGUUUGGAGACGCAGGGGAGGAGGACGCAUUGAGGCGUGCCGAUCCUCCUCAUCAACAACAUAGCAGCAGCACUCCAAGUACCUGGGGCGCCCACACGUUAGGGUCGUCUGGCUUUGCUUCGACCUCCAACUACUCUUCAAUGACAAACUCGAAUGGGAACGAGUAUUUUACAGAGGCAGACGCCGUGGAUGAGUACGGUCGGAAAUUCUCGAUCAGCUCCCAGGCGACUCUCGUCCCUUCAUCGCGGCCCACUACGACCUCUUCUCAAUCUCACCUGUACGUACCUCAGCAGAGAAGGGUGUCGCAACAACACCAACCCGUGUUGUCGACCAUCCAGGCGAGCGAGAGUGAGGGCCCUCACUCGAGCAGCCACGCCCAUGAGGGACCCCUAGACGAUGAAGAAGGCGUGCGAUACACCAGCAAAGAUGAUGACGAAGACCAGUAUUACCACCCCGACUCUUUUCCUCAGGAGUUGAGGGAGGGUGCAGGUGAACUGGGUGACGAUCCCUCUUAUUCACCCACCUCGCGUUCUUCGCCACUUCCUCCAGGUCUGCCCGCAUUCACCUCCCAAACUUCUACCGCUCAGGAGCGGGGGAGGCCCAAGACACCCUACCCCUUCCCCUCCACCGACAACGACCCCUCACCCUCUGACAAACGCAGCAAUUCAAAUAACCAGCCCAGUGAUAGUAGCAAUAAGG